AUUUGACGUAACUGCAUUUACACCACCGCCAAGGACAUGUCGUCCCGACUUGCCCCCAUGCCGCGCGACGAGGAUAGCUCCCUGCAUCAUGGAUGCGCCACUAGUGCUAGCCUGGCCAGUCUCCUUGGCCCUUCCCCAAGCGACGUCACAAGUCCGUUCCUCACUGCUACCUCCGACGUUCGAUCAGCGUCGAGGCCAACAAUUCCACCUAUCCGCGGCAAGCGGCCGCGCACUGCAAGCAUGGACGUCGUUCCGACACCCGCGCAUCCAUCUAAGAAGAAGUCACUGUGCUUUUCGUCCGUCACAACGUUCGUGUUCCCCCUGGACUACGGCGGCAGCGCCAUCCCCGAAUGUGCCGGCCCCCCCAUCGGACUCGCAGCGUAUCAUGUGAACUCGACCACUGUCGACAUCUCCAGCAACACCACGCGAAGUAGCUUCGUGCGAAGUACCAGCGCCGGCAAUGGCGUCCACAGAUUCAGCCACCUCGAGCGCGUGCGCAUGCUGAAGGCUGCCAAGUACACGGGCCGCGACAUCGCGUACUUCUGUAGCGAAGCCACGGACAUACGCAGUUCCCGCGAAGAGACCCAAGAGCAAUGGGUUCGAGCGCACAAGGAGAGACCGUGCAUCGUUUGAGUACGGAAACCCAACAAGCACUUUGCUUGAUCUUUUCAACGCGCUUUACACGACACUCGUCGAGUGCAUCGGCAACUCAACCAAAGCCCAAUCGAUACAACUAUUUUACGUGUGAAUGGCCAUUUUUCCUUAGUUCCAUCAACAUGGCACUACCUGCUUUCCAUACAUGUAUACACGUACUACAAGUAAGAACUGUUUCCGUAUACUAUUAAUAACAGGAUGCGAUAAAAACCGCUGUUCGUAUUAUUUUGCCUGAUUUGACAGUGUAAUACUUACUACUCCGGAGUAAAGCACCACGUUUUAGCGUUGAAGUCGCCCCUGUCCAGAGACACGAGUACUGUACAAGGUCGUUUUCAAGGGUAGUUACCAUAAACUUCUCUACGUGAGUUCUCACGCCGCCGCCUUGGAAGUCGCACAGGGCUGAUACAAGUCGCCUUCUUGAGAUAUAUGACUCGGAUGAUCAUGACGUUGAAUUGAUGUGUCCAGAGUAAUGUUACCAGCAGCGGCGUGUGUCGUCGUGAGGACGGGCAUCCUGUCGGUAUCGUUGUCACCAUUACUUGGUGGUUUCGUCUGGCGCUGCAUGUACACGCUUUCAACGGUGAACACGACUAGGCCAGUCCAGACACAGACAAACCCGACCAGUUUGAACAUGGUAAAGUCUUCGUCGUACAGUAUCACGCCCACAAGAAACUGCAAACUCGGUGCAAUGUACUGCAAAAUGCCCAGCAAUGUCAGCGGAAUCAACUGGGCGGCGGACGAGUAAAAGAUCGAUGGCACGACUGUGAUGAACGCCGAGGCGACGAUGAGCACAGCGACAUGCCAGUCACUGUACAGGAAGACCGCUUCAUGACGAAACUCUUCCACCACUAGGUACAUGACCGACGGCAGAAAGAAGAUGCCGAGUUCCAUAGCGAUGCCAUGCAACGCCGGCAGCGGCGCCUUCUUCUUGACCAGGCCGUACAGCCCAAACGUCGAGCUUAACGUGAGUGCUAGCCACGGAAACUCACCGUACGCGAUGGCCACGACCAACACUCCGGCAAAGGCCAUGCCCACCGAUAUAGUUUGCCACACCCGCAGUCGCUCGCGCAGGAACACCACGCCCAGCACGACGUUCACGAGCGGACUAAUGAAGUACCCCAAGCUCAUUUCGACGAUGUACCCGUUGACAACCGACCAAACGCUCAGAAACAAGUUCACUCCCAUGAGUACCCCAGAGAACGAGUAUGUGACCAACGCUGGCCGUUGAAACGCCGUCGCGCGGAACUCGGGCCAUUGCCCAGUCGCCACCAAAAUCGCGACCAGCAGCAGCAACGACCACACAAUGCGAUGGGCUAGCAUCUGCACAGACGGCACCAUGGUCAGCUGCUUCCAAAAGAUCGGAGCCAAACCCCAGAACGCAUUCGCCGUCAGCGAGUGCACCACGCCCUUGGUGUACAUCAAUCGAUUGCCGAAUGUGUCGAACGAGGUGAACUGGUAACUGUAAGCUUUUGUCCAAGUCGCCAAACUCGAGAUGUUGCUCCCUCCUUGA